AUGAAGCUCUCGACUAUCAUCACAUUUGCUUUUGCGAGCGCCGCGUCUGCUCAAUACCAAUACUAUCGUAUCACUGCAGUUGAGUCAGACACUUGGCUGAAAACGUUCCCUGGUGAAGGCGCCCCGUUGGUCUUGGACAAUAAUUUCGCGUCCUUGUAUGAACGAUGGACCAUUACCCCACAAGACGGCGGUUAUGUUAUGAAGAACGAGGGCACCAACACCUUCAUCUCUUGUGACGAGGAGUCCUGUAAGAGUGCUGCGAAUCCCACAGUCUUCAAUGUGCAACAACAGGACUUCACUCACAUUGUCCUAAACCCAUCCACUGGACUCGUUUGGACUGCUUCCGGUGGAAGGAUCAUCCCUGCUGAGAAUAAUGGCAGCCCGGAGCAGCGGUUUACAAUCACGCCAGAUGAACAUUAA